AUGAGAAAUUCAACAUGUCUUCUUCAGCCAUCGCUAGCUACUACUGUAGCUCUACCAGUCAUCUACUCUUGCCUAUUUCCUGCUGGAAGUUUUGGAAAUGUUCUUGCUGCCUGGAUAUUUUCAAGGCAAGCACUCACAAAAAGAACACAGUACAUUUACCUGGCAAACCUUGUUACUGCAAAUUUACUUAUAUGUAGCACAAUGCCUUUUCUGGCUGCCUAUUUUGCAAGAGGGUACCAAUGGACUUAUGACUCUGCAGCAUGCGGAAUAGCAAAUCAUCUUGGGACUCUUAUUAUGCAUGUCAGUAUGUAUGUUACGAUUAUAAUUUUAUGUUCAAUUGCUGUAAGUCAGUAUGCAACACUGAAGAAAAAUAGUGAUGCACAAUACUCUCAAGCAGUUAAUGAAAACUUUUACAGACAUGUACUUGCAAAGUUUCACCAGCCAAAAUUUGCUAAAUAUUUGUGCAUCAUUAUAUGGCUUACUGUGCUCUGCAUAACAAUAAUAGCUAUAAUACAUAAUGUCCAGGCAAGGGCUAAGGAAGAAUUUCACAGAUGCUAUAACAUCAGGGUAGAAGCGGGUGAAUUCGCUUCAAUGAUUGCAGCUUUUCUUGGCACUUCAUGUUUUUUUGUAUCUUUUAUGACAGUGGUGUUGUCAUACUAUUCCCUUACCAGACAUCUGAAUAAAAUACAGAAAAAUACAUGUAUUGGAGAAAAACAUCUAAUUUACAGUACAGUGAAAAGAAACAUUUUUGUCAUCCAGAUGAUACUAACUGUCUGCUUUCUUCCAUAUCAUAUUUUUAGGCCAAUUUUUUAUGUACUGCUUACAAAUAAUGACUGCCCAAGGUUAAACUAUUUAGUGGAAAUUAAGAAUUUCCUUACUUGUCUUGCUGCUGCUAAGAGUAGUUUAGAUCCGGUUAUAACCCUUCUGUUAGAUAAAACAUUUAAGAAAAGUCUCUAUGGCCUGUUUACAAAAGCCACACCACCAGAACACCACGAACGUAAAACUGGUAUUUUCAUUGAAGAUACCCUUGAAAUGUGA